AUGACAUCCUCAAGUGGUUCCAGUGCCCGCACUGGCUCCAUUCAGUCGCGCGACAGCCCCAAGAACGUGUUGCAGAGCAAAUCCGACCCCAAUGCAGCCCUAUACGAAGCACAGCCAAUGGCCGUCAACGCAGAGCUAGGAACCCGAGACACAUUCUCCCUUCGAAGUAUGCAGCACAAGGACCGCGAUGGAAAGGUCAUCACUGACCCCGACCUCUCCAACCCCACUCGGAACCGUCUUGAGCGACCACUGGACACAAUUCGAGGCUUCGAAGCUGCCAUUGAAUCCCAUCGCAAGCAAAAUCGAAUGUGA